AUGAGGAGCAGAGGAGCGUUCUGUGAUGAUGAUCUUUGGUUUGUUUCAGCUGACACUAAACCAACAGACACUGACAGCACCAGUCUGGACUACAGCUCCCAGAAUUCCUCAGCAGCCUCCAAGUCGAUCCUCCUCAGUAGGCAGCCUUUCAUGCUACAUUUAUGUGUUGUUGUAAAAGUCAGCGUCCAUGCAGUGUCGUCUUUCCAGGCGCUCAUCAUGAUGAUACGUAAGCCACGAGCCACAGCGCUUAUGUACAAAACUGGGAAUAUGGUCUGUACAGGAACCAGAAGUGAGGAGUCGUCGUAUAUAGCAGCGAGGAGGUUCGCCCGCAUAGUGCAGAAGCUUGGCCACCCGGUCCGCUUCCUGAACUUCAAGAUCCAGACCAUGGUGGGCAGUUGCAAAAUCUUUCCAGUCAAUUUGGAGAAACUCGCGCUGACCCACCGCAUGCACUGCAGUUAUGAACCCGAGCUGUUUCCCGCCCUCUUCUACAAAGUGAUGCCGGGCGUCAGUGUGACCGUCUUUGCAAGCGGGCGGGCGUCGAUGGAGACUCUUCACCACCACUGCUCCUCCAUCCUCUCCUUUAACAUGGUGGACAGUCUCUCCAGCUUUUGGACAUUUCAGGUUGAAGAAAUCCCUUCAAACAAGAUGGAAAUACCUGCGCUGGGUCGACCCUUCACCUUAGGGAUGCUCUAUGAUGCCUGGAAAGAUGAACUGAUCCCAGGUGUAAUGUUGUGGGAUGAAGAAACUCUACAGAAGAACACAACUGAAGCCCAGCAACCCAAAUGUGAGCUUCAGAGCUUGGCAGCUGACACCACUGAUUCCAAGUCUUCUCUGCUGAAUGUUGAUGCUUCUCUGAAGGCCGGUUUCCUGGGUGGACUGUUUGAAGUUAGAGGAUCUGCCAAGUACCUGAAUGAUAAGAAGAAAUUCAAAAAUCAGAGCAGAGUAACACUUAAGUACAAAGCUACCACCAAGUUCAAGCAGUUGAAGUUGACUCCACCUGCAAACAUGGACGAGCAACAGAAAGAUCUUAUUGAGAGGAGCUCAGCAACACAUGUGGUCACUGGCAUCCUUUAUGGAGCAAAUGCUGUGUUUGUAUUUGACAGUGAGAAGUUAGAAUCUGCAAGAGUGAACGCCAUCCAUGCCAGCAUGGAAGCUGUGAUGAGUAAGAUUCCACGAUGUGAUUGUGCGAUGAACGCUCAAAUCCAGCUCACAGAUGAAGAAAAAGCCCUGACAAACAAAUAUUCCUGCAAAUUCUAUGGUGACUUUAUCCUUGACAGCAAUCCUUCAACAUUUGAAGAAGCAGUGAAUACCUACACACAGCUUCCAAAGCUGCUGGGAGAAACAAGACAUAAUUCUGUUCCACUGAAGGUCUGGUUGACGCCACUACCACAUUUCGACUCUAAAGCUGAACAGUUGAUGAGUGAGAUCGCUGUUGGACCAGUGAGGAAAGUUGAAAAAGCUGUAGAAGAUUUAAGACAAAUGGAAAUGAGAUGCAACGAUUAUCUGACAGAUGAAGAGGUCAAGAAACUUCCACAAAUUAAUGAAAAGUUGAAAAAGUUCCAAGAAUUAUGCAACGAUUACAUAUCUAAGCUUCAGCAAACAGUUAAACAGACAUUACCCUCCAUCCGUGCAGGUAAACUAGCUGUGAGCUCAUUGGAAAAACACUUUGAAGGCCGAGACAAGUCACCAUUCAGUCAUGAAAAACUAACCAAGUGGAUGGAUCAUAAAGAGGGAGAGAUCAAUGCCAUCAUGUUCUGUCUAGGCUUGAUGAAGGAAACAAACACAAAGAUUGUCCAAGAUCAAUCAGAGGUAGAAAAGGAGCUUCUUGCUCCAGGUGUAGAAGAUGCUCUCUGCUUUGUCUUCACCUCCCUGGGAAGUGCUGACCCCUGUCUUGAUGCGAUGUCCAACCAUUUGGAUUCGCCUGAAUCAGAAAGUACCAAUGAAGAGUACAGGGACUUCUCAGAUGAAAUGCUAGCCGAAAUGAAAGAGAAAGCCAAAGCUUUCCAUGAUGUUGUCAAAGGCCUGAAGAACAACAAGAGAUUCUCUUUCCUUGUAGCAGCCUUACCAAAUGAGAAAUACACAGUAGCAACCAUCUACCAUUACAAGGACGGCAAACUGGUGUCUGAUGAUUUCACACAGCCUGACAUACCUGAUGUGAGGGCUGUAAGAGACAGAAGAGAUUUAAUCUGGUAUGCCUGUGAUCUCACUAUGGACCCAGACACAGCAAACAAUAACCUCAAUCUGUCUGAGAAAAACAAAAAGGUGGCCUAUGGAAGACGGCAGGUGUAUCCUGAUCUACCCGACAGGUUUGACACACAACCCCAGAUAUUGUGCGAAGAGAAUCUACACAGGCGCCAUUACUGGGAGGUAGAGUUCAGUAAUGGUCACUUUGAUGAUGUUGGAGUGGCUGUUACAUACAAGGGAAUAGAGAGGAAAAAAGGUGGUGUAUUGAGCAGGCUUGGACAUAACGCCUUGUCCUGGUACUUUGGCUUCAAUCAAGGGUUCCAGGCAUGGCAUGAUGGUAAACAGCGUUUCGGCCCUCUUCCCGCAGAUGACCACAACCGAAUUGGAGUGUAUCUGGACUGGCCUGCUGGCACUUUGUCCUUCUACAGAGUCUCCUCUAACACACUGACACACCUGCACACCUUCAACACCACAUUCACUGAGCAUGUUUAUCCAGCAAUCUGGGUGAAGGCAAACUAUGUGAGCCUGUGUCGGUUUUAA